CACAGCCUGCACAAGUCAAGCCGCCGGGUCUCAAACCACCAUGUGGCUGUGGCUGUGGUUCUGGUCCGGCGUGCGGGCGGGCUUCUUCUUCUUCUCCGUCGUCUUCUCCAUCUUCUUCUUAACCCUCCCCACUUCUUCAGGUCACGGAAACCCCAUGGUCCUUGGUGUCCUUGGUGUCCUUGGUGUCCUUGGUGUCCUUGGUGUCCUCGUUACGAUUGGAUGUACCACCGGACGUUGGCUCAAGCGAGAGCACGCCGGCGCCGGCGCUGGUGACUGGCGAGAGAGACUUCGAAGCAGCUUCGAAGCAACAGCCGCACAAGUUACAAGUUACAACGGCACCAUGCAUAAAUCCGCAUGUCUGGCAAAUCCAAUGCUGGCAUGGCAUCGCAAGUAUCUGCUUGCCUGCCUGCCUGACGAUGCGUGA